ACCUCCAUUUCCAGACUCAACAUGUGAAAAUAAUUCCUAUCUUCCAGCCAGUCUCCGUACUGUGCAGCUUCACUUCACUCUCAAUCCUCAACCCUCCUCUCUAUGGCAUCCAAACAGAAGAAAAGGACAGCCAUCAUCGUCGGAGCCGGAGUAGGCGGCCUCGCAACAGCAGCCCGCCUCUCCAAAGCCGGCUUCAGCGUCACCAUCCUCGAGAAAAACGGCUUCACCGGCGGCCGCUGCUCGCUCCUGUACUCCGACUCCCAAACCUACCGCUUCGACACCGGGCCCUCUCUGCUUCUCCUCCCGAAACUCUUCAAAGAAACCUUCCACGACCUAGAUACAAGUCUCGAGGCCGAGGGCGUGCAGCUGUUGAAAUGCGAGCCGAAUUACAAUAUCUGGUUCGGGGAUGGGGAGAGCUUUGUGCUGAGCACCGAUAUGGCGGUCAUGAAGCGCGAGAUUGAGAAAUGGGAGGGCAAGGCGGGGUUUGAGCGCUGGUUGCAGUGGUUGGGAGAGGCGCAUCGGCAUUAUGAGGUUAGCGUGACGGAGGUUCUGCAUAAGAAUUUCUAUUCGGUGGUUAAUCUGCUACGGCCGAGUUUCUUGCGGAGGUUGUUUGAGUUGCAUCCGUUUGAGAGCAUUUAUUCGCGGGCGGCGAGGUAUUUUUGGACGGAGAGGCUGAGGAGGGUUUUUACGUUUGGGAGUAUGUAUAUGGGGAUGAGUCCGUUUGAUGCGCCGGGCACGUAUAGUUUGUUGCAGUAUACGGAGCUGGCGGAGGGGAUUUGGUAUCCGGUUGGAGGGUUUCAUGCUGUUUGUCGAGCGUUGGCGGGGAUUUGUGAACGUCAGGGAGUGGAUAUAAGACUCAGCACGCCGGUGAAGGAAGUUCUUACUACGGAAGAUGGGAAGACGGUGACGGGUGUACUAUUGGAGAAUGGAGAGGUGUUGGAAAGUGACCUGGUGGUCAUCAACGCGGAUCUAGUAUACGCAUACAGCAACCUCUUUCCCCCAAAAGCCUCCUCAACCUCAACCAAACUACAAAAGUACUCCAAAUCCCUCCAAAAACGCCCCGGCUCCUGCUCCAGCAUCUCCUUCUACUGGUCCCUCUCCCAAAAGGUCCCCGAACUCACCACCCACAACAUCUUCCUCGCAGACCAAUACCGCGAAUCCUUCGACUCCAUCUUCGACCGGCAAUCCAUCCCCGAAGAACCCAGCUUCUACGUCAACGUCCCCUCGCGGAUAGACCCUACCGCCGCCCCCGACGGAAAAGACGCAAUCGUAGUACUCGUCCCUGUCGGACAUCUCCUGAACUCCUUAACCUCAUCCGGCCACGGCGUCUCCCCAGAACAAGACUGGGACAACAUCGUCUCCUCCACACGCACCAAGAUCCUCACAACGAUCCAAUCCCGCACCUCUUGCGCCGCUCUCUCUUCUCUAAUAACACACGAACAGAUCCACACGCCCUUAAGCUGGGAAUCAACGUUCAACCUCGAUAAAGGCUCGAUUCUCGGCCUUAGCCAUUCAUUCUUCAAUGUCCUGGCUUUUAGACCGAAGAUCAGAGCUAAAGGUGUGAAAGGUGUGUAUUUCGUAGGCGCGAGCACGCAUCCGGGGACGGGGGUGCCGAUUGUGCUUGCGGGGGCCAAAAUCACUGUAGAAGAGAUCUUGAAGGAUUUGACGUUGCCGGUGCCGUGGGGUGGGAAGGUGGCUGUUGAGAGGGAUGAGGGCGUGGUGCAGGGGAAGGGGACGGGAGAGCUAGAUAGGGUGAGGAGGGGAGGCGCGAUUUUGAGUGAUCUGGGUAUCUUUGUGUUGGCGCUGGUGGUGUUGGGGUUGAGUUUGGGGUAUAUGGGGAGUGGGUUGGUGGUUAAGUGGGAUCCGGAGCUGAAGCCUAGGUGGGGGAGUGGGAGGGUUGUUGGGAGUGGGGUUAGGAUUGGGGAGUUCUGAGCUGUGAGUUGGAGGGAGGGGUAGAAAGUAAUGUGUAAUGAGAUGCCCAGACCACUUCUAUGUCGGAUCAAUUGAUAGUAUGCAUAGUUGAGACAAAGGUGCGUGGUAUACGAGUAAUUGAAUAACAAUAACUACAUUGUAUAUUAGAGCAUUGAAUCUGAUACAGCGACAGCUUCGAAAGUCUAGUUUGUAGCUAACAGUUCUAUAAAGUUUCUC